AUGGUAGCUUCGAUAGUACAACGGCAGCAUCUUGAUGUUGGAGACGUUGAGGCUGUCCGCUCCCAUGUGGAAAGUUGCCUGGAGCGGCACCUAGGCAAUCGAUCCAAGUCCCACGCCACUACAACGUGGGCUGUAAUGCGACGCCAAAGAACAUGUCACGAACGUGAGAUCCGAGCUCGUCAACGUAGUCAAAGAUAUUCGAACCUUCCAGCUCAGUCUGAGAAAGACGAGCAAUAUGUUUCACCAUUCACGAACAUGUCGUCAAUACAGACACCCUUCAUCAACAAACCAACUAAAGAGAGGCUAGGAGACAUUACCCAGGAAAUCUUUGGUACCGCUUCGUCCAAGGAUGGCGUGAUCAGAUCUUCAUGGAACGCGCUACGAACGACGUACAAGUCUACUGCAAUACAAGUCCCCCCAUUCACGGAAUAUGUCAGUUUGAAAAAUAACAUCCUUACUGACAAUGAGUCGAAGCUACUCGCUACACCUUACUUUGACGAGGCUUCUGGAAGUUCAACGAGCUUAUUAGCGGAUCUUCCGCUCAGGUAUGAAAUGAGGCACGAUGAAAAUGCUCUUCUGGAUUUACGGGCAGAGCAGUGCCGAUUCUACACAGAUAGCGUCAACGCUUUCCUCUGCGAGAUUGGCCUAACAUGGGACAACGUCUUGUACUGGCUUCUGGCUCCAAGUCAGGCUAUUAAACGAAUCAACGGUUCUUUGGCGGGCAACCACUCGUUUGAACGUCUUUUACUUGAACGAUCGGCUCACCACGCGGAAAACUUUCAGCGGGAUGAAGAAUCUAGAGAAGCUAUUCUCUUCGACCGUAACUCAAGAAAAUGGCGAAAGUUCCUCCUCCAACUCACCGAGCCAACUGCCGAUAAGCUUAGGCUUGUAGCGCUUGCAUGCGCAGCUGUCCUUCACGAGUGUGGCUUCAGCAUUUGGUACCUAGUGCAACAAAGCAAGGUUAUGCGACUGUAUAAAGUAGGAAAGACAAACCACGCCACAGGAACCUCAAAGUUCACCUACAAAGAAACCGUCUGUAGGGUGUGUCAUGAGCACAAUUGCGUCGUUCAUGGCGAACUGAAAGAGAACCCAGAGAACGACUCGGACUCUGAAGAUCAAGCCAAUCAGGCAAGCCAGGAUACGGCACCAGCACACACGCACGAUGAUUCGGAUCUCGAAAACUUGAUCAAUUACAAAGUGCCAACGAAUCCCAACGCUAUUCUCGGCCAUACUAGCGCAAAUAUCCACACUCCGAAAACUAACAACCCAUCCGACGGGAAGCGUCUUUCAAAGUGGCGGUUACAGGAUAGCAAGACACAAUGGGAGGAGAGGAAGCCUUUCUUUCCGUGCAAUCAUGAAGGCACCUGUGACGACGCUCAAUGCCGUUGUUACAGAGAAGGUAUUAGCUGCGAAAAGACAUGCAAAUGCUCUUCCUCGUGCCACAGACGCUUUCCUGGGUGUACUUGCUUGUCGACACCAGGUAAACGUGCCUGCGAUUCAGAAAAGUGUCUGUGCCUCAAGUCCCAUAGAGAGUGUGAUGCGGACCUGUGCAGCGCCUGCGGAGCAACUGAGAUCCUCGACCCAGUGAACCGAUACGAUGAGAGUAUACUGUCAGAUCGAUGUUUCAACGUUUCCAUUCAAAGAGGGGUGCCAAGAAAGACACUGCUUGGAAACUCUCAAGUACAUGGCUUCGGCUUAUACAUGGGCGAGGACACCAAGGAGGGUGAAUAUAUCGGCGAGUACACAGGCGAGACCAUUUCGAUCAAGGAAGGCACGCGUAGGGAGAUCAUUGCUGAGUACAAACGGACGCUGUACACGUUCCAGCUGAAUCUCAAACAAGACGUCGAUGCGACAUAUAUGGGCAACAAGACGCGAUUCAUGAACAACGCCGACGACAAGUUCACCAAUUGCAAGUCAAAGAUUCUGCUAUGCAACACCGUAUUUCGCAUAGGUAUCUAUGCCGAGUCCGAUAUCAAGGCUGGCACUGAGCUCUUCUUCAACUACCACUACACCAAGGAACAAAUGCAGAACUUCAAGCGACCAGAUGGUAAGGUGAUCGCCAUCAAGCAAACGGUCAACCCCAAGGGUAAGAGCAAAUCAUCCGCCACAGCAUCUCACAAACCACCUUUGCCCGCACAUCUCGUACAUCCGGCAGCGAAGCCACGAAAGCUCCAGACAUCCAAGAAUUCAAGAACUGCGAGAGCUGCAAAGCGCGCGACUCAAUUAUCCGAGCAAGCGUUACGCAACUCGUUUACGUCUCAUCCCAUCUCAGAUACAGAUCACGAUGGAGAAUGGGCAGACGUGGAUGCCGAUACUUCCCAACAGGGUGAUACCGCUGCGGAAGCCUCCGAUGUCUACGAUAUGCCUGGUGACAGUCCAGACGACAGCACCUCGCGGCAUAAGCUGAGCAAACGGCGUACGCGGGUUCGUGGAAUGUCGUCUGUUGUUGCGGUGAAAACUAAGAAGGAUGGGGCCCGGUCGAGUGUUCUGAGGUCGAAAAGGAAAAGGCCUAUGGUGUCUUCCGACGAAGAGUGA